AUGAUGACCAUAUCCACUCUUGCAUCGGCAUCUUUCAACCUGUACCUAUCUCAGAAGCAGAAAGGUGCAGACUACAGAUUCAGACUCAACGUGGGGAACAUGCUGCAGGCAGCAGUGUUCCUGUUGCUUACCGUUUCCACGUUCAUCAAGAACAAACCCGCAGUGCUGUACUUUGUGUACGUGAUGAUCAGUGUUUUUGUCAGCUCCUGCGCCACAUCGUUUGCGCAAGUUGGAGUGCUGGCUCUAGUGAAUCUCGAGGGCCCCAUCUACGCUAAUGCGAAUGUUGUGGGUAACGCGGUUGCAGGCGUGCUUCCAUCCAUCUCGCUGAUUGUGUCUAUUUUUUUGAGUAAGACGCAAAGUGAUAGAGAUAGAGAGGUCUCUAACUACUUCUUCACAAGUCUCUGCAUAGAAUUCCUUGCUCUCAGUCUGAUAUGGAUCACGUAUAGAUACAAAGCCAAAGCUGGCCAGUUCCAGAUGCUUUCCAGUGAUACCACCUUGGAGCUAGACGACGAGUCAACGCUCGAGCCCGAAGAAGAGCACGUUUCCUUCCGCGAACUCUGGCACAUUCUGAAAUACGUCCAGAUCACAAUCUUCUUAACCUUGUCUUUGACCCUUACGUUCCCUGUUUUCGCCUCCAAUGUGCUUUCAGACAAAAUAGACAAGAAGUAUUUUGUUCCCAUCGCAUUUCUCCUCUGGAACCUGGGCGAUCUCGGAGGCCGUGUCAUUACUGCGUCACCGUGGUUUGUACUCGAGGACCAACGCAAAAUGAUAAUUUACGCGGCUUUGCGGGUCUUGUUCAUCCCCUUAUUUAUGAUGUGCAAUCUACAAGGCAGAGGAGGUAUGUUUGGCGAUUUCAUCUAUCUGCUGCUGCAGCUACUCUUUGGGCUUUCAAAUGGACAGCUAUUCUCCUCAGCUUUCAUGACAAUGGGCGUUCUGCUCACUAGCGAUAAAGAGAAGAAAGCUGCCGGAGGAUUCACCGCAUUUCUCAUCAAUGUGGCCCUGCUUUUUGGCAGUGUCGUUAGUUACAUUUUUGUGUAUCUGGUGAGUGCAUAG